AGACAAAAAACUAUUGAAUAUAAGUUAAGUGAAUUAUUUUAUUUAUUCCAAUUUUAUUUUUCUUUUCCCCUUAUCCUUCUCCUCCUCGUUAUCAUAUCAUAUCAUCACUUUCCUUCACAUCCUCACUCGUGUGGCCUUUAUCUCUCAUUUCACGAACUUCUCCAACAAAACAGUUACCAUGGCUGUGUGCAUGGGUUUCAACAUAGCAACAGCAUUCAAAACCCUUUCAUUAUCUUCUUCAUCUUCAUCUUCAACUUCUUCUUCCUUUUUAACAGGCUCUUCCUCUCUUCGUCCUGCCACGUCAGUAACUCUCCCUCGGAUUCAGAGAUCAGCGCUCAUUAUCCGGAAUGCUCAUAAGAAGGGAGCCGGAAGUACCAAAAACGGCCGUGAUUCUGCGGGAAAGCGUCUUGGAGUCAAAAUUUACGGCGACCAAGUCGCUAAACCUGGUUCCAUUAUCGUUCGCCAGCGUGGAACUAAGUUUCAUACAGGAAAGAAUGUGGGAAUCGGUAAGGACCAUACCAUUUUCUCCCUGAUUGAUGGAGUUGUAAAAUUUGAAAAAUAUGGACCUGACAAGAAAAAGAUCAGUGUUUACCCGCAAGAAGUACAGCCUCAGAACCCCGAUAGCUAUAGAGCAAGGAAGAUAGAGUACUUCAGAAUGAGGCGUGAACGCAAAAAAGCUGCACAAGAAAGAAGAGCUCUUCAACCGCAGCUGAUACUGGCUUCUGUUGACGAUGCUGCGAUAACUAAUCCAGUCGGUUGAUUCUACUUCAUUCACUUCAAUGUUGUAAAAUCUACUCGUCAUCAAUUGUUUUGUUUUUGUUCAUCUGUAAAACCUUUAGCUUUGUUGUAAAAUUAUAUUUGUUUUAUGGUUAGAGAAAUUGAAUCAUACAUGGCACAAACUAUUCCUUGUUGUGUUCACAAACCAAUUACAGGACAAAUAGCCAUUCAAAUUCAAAUUGUUUUGGUGUGUAAUUUUCUGUGUGAAAAUGAAAUGGUCUUUUGCUUGUACAUUGACA